AUGCGCAGUUCCAUCGCCCGUCGCGCCGCCGCGCGCGUGGUAUCCGACUUUGUCUCGCACGCGCCGUCCGCGCGCGGGGGCGCCGCGGCACCCUCCAAGGGCAUCAAGGUCAUCAACAUCACCCCCUACGCCGCGUCCGAGGUGACCGGCGGCGGCGGCCUGCCUCACGCGCGCGCGGGCGUCUCCGCGCAGACCAAACCCUCGCAGCUGGACCAGCACUGGGUCAACGCGUUCCACAAGAUCCACGGGCGCGGGUUCGCCUCCUCCGCCGCGGCUCGCGCGGGCCUAUCCCCCGCUGAGACGAAGAAGCGCAUGGAUGAGAUCAACGACAAUUUCGCGGAGGCCCGCGAGGAGAUCGAGGCCGCGAUGGAGGCUGUGGGCACCACCUACUUCAACGAGGAGGCGGAGUACGCCAAGGAGGUGACGGAGAAGACGCUGGGCAUGUACUACAAGCUGUGCGAGGAGAUGGACCCGGAGGAGAGGGCGGCGACGCAACGAGCGAUGGGGAUGAAGAUGGAACAGCUCAAGGCUGAGCUGAAGCAGCUCGAUCACGCCCACGACGAUUAA